AUGGUUCAUGAUAAUACAGAAUUACCACUCAUUGAAGUAGCUGGUAUAGAACUUGCAGGUGGUCGUAAGCAUAAAAUAGGCUACAAGAAAAGAAUAAGUCAACUAUUACCAUCACCCUAUUCAGAUUGUACAAAUAUCAUUUCUCCUGCAAUGCAAGCAAUGUUUGAUCGAUAUACAAAUACUGAUUAUACUUAUUCACAAGCUAUUUGCACUACAAUAUGUAUACAAGCAUAUGUUUAUCAAGAAUGUAAUUGUGUAAAUCCAAAUGAAGUUACUGCUCGAACUAUUGUUGUACAUGGUACAAAUCAACUACUUGACGCACCGUUAUGUAAUCAAACAGAUAACUGUUUUGUUAAUGCAACAAAUCGUAUUACAAAUACAGAUAGUAUUUGGAACGAGUUUUGUUCUGAAUGUUCACAAGAAUGUUCAUUUGUUGACUUUACUAUUACAACAUCAUCGGUAUCAGCUAUAUCUACACAAUAUGCAUAUGAAUAUAAACCGCUUGUAGAACAAUCUGGUGUACCAUUGCCGGAAAAUUGGUCAGAAAUAUGGCAAUCGGAAAUGCAAAAAAACUAUAUAGGAGUUGAUAUUGUAUCUGAAUCAACUCGUGUUGAAGCUUAUACACAAGAUGCAUCUAUAACUGCUGUUGAUCUCAUUUCAAAUAUCGGUGGUAAUACAGGUUUAUGGAUUGGUAUUAGUUUUCUAUCACUUAUGGAACUUAUUGAAAUGUUCUAUCGUCUUAUACGAUAUCAUUAUUAUAUUUUUCGACGAAGAGCACCAGAUGAACAUAAUACAAACCUUUAA